AUGGCAUUAGACAUCAUGAUCGAAGAACUAGAACAGCAGACGACGCCGCGGCCGGCAUUCCUCACGACUGUGUUCACUCCUGAUGAUGACCACGGUCCUAUCAAGAAUGCCACCAACACUACCACCGACCUCAACUUCUAUUACUUUUAUGAUUCGGUCCAGUUCACGGUGAUGUGGGUGCUGUUCGUCGCUAUAGUGGUGCUGAACGCCUCUGUGAUCGCCGCCUUACUUUGCACGAAUGCAAGGAAAAGUCGUAUGAACUUCUUUAUCAUGCAACUUGCUAUCGCCGAUCUCUUCGUUGGCCUAAUCUAUGUGUUCCCAGACAUAAUACAGAAGAUAACUAUUGCGUGGCUGGCCGGAGAGUUUAUGUGCAAAACUGUGAAAUUCCUUCAGGCUGUGGUGAUGUACGCGUCGACGUAUGUCCUGGUAGCGCUGAGUAUAGACCGGUGUGAUGCCAUCACGAAUCCUAUGAACUUCUCUGGAAGCUGGAACCGAGCGAGGGCUCUCAUCGUGUCAGCAUGGCUCAUCAGCAUUGUGUUCUCUAUACCACUUCUGAUACUCUACGAGGUGAAAGAAGUUCAAGGUCAGAUGCAAUGCUGGAUAGACCUAGGAACUCCUAGAAGAUGGCAGAUCUGGAUGUCUCUGAUAUCCAUCAUGAUCUUCGUGCUACCAGCGUUGACGAUAGCAGCCUGUUACGCUGUGAUAGUCCUCACUAUAUGGACGAAGAGUAAGGCAGUCGUUAUGAGUCCGCCUAUUAAUUCUAGGAGAACCAAGACUAUGAGGAAUGGUCAGGUAGAAAGUGACCCGGAUUCAAGACGAGCCAGUUCAAGAGGACUAAUACCUAGAGCGAAGAUCAAAAGUGUCAAAAUGACAUUCGUUAUUGUUUUCGUAUUUGUGCUGUGCUGGUCUCCAUACAUCGUGUUCGACCUCCUACAAGUCUACGACCACAUACCACCGACGCAGAACAACUUGGCCAUAGCCACCCUCAUCCAGAGCCUAGCACCGUUGAACUCAGCAGCCAAUCCUUUAAUAUGCUGCAUGUUCUCCCCUCACAUUUAUACUAGCCUCAGACGGGUUCCGCCUUAUAAAUGGUUGUGGUGCGGUCGACGACGCAAGCGACAUGCUCGGGGAACGGUCCGCUCAAGAUCUGACUCAACAGCCAACUCUGAUCUGCUAAGUUCCACUCACGCGAGAAGGUCACAUUCUGUUGCUACGAUACUAAACCGAGGCCGAAGCAGUAGUGUAACCAGGGCGCCAGCAGACACGCGACGCACUCAGCUCUUGGUGCUGGUGUCAUCACGCGACUGA